ACGUGAUAAUUUCUAUGAUAUAUGGUAUGGUUUUAUUGUAUAUACAAAGAAUGAAGCACAUGAAAGUGAAUUAACCCCCAGUUUACAGCACAGUUUGUCGAGUAUAGACCGGAUAGGGUUUUAUUUCAUUUUAUUUCCCACAGUCCAUAUCCUGUAACAGAAAUUAAACAAUACAAUAAGGCAAAACACGUCAACCUUAAUGGAAAAGUCUAUUACGGCUUGCCUGCUAUUAGUACACGGCUAAGCUCCUAAUAUUGAAAAUAGAUUUUAUAUACAGUAUUUAUUUUUCGGAUGAGCUCUUAGAUCCUAAUAACUUUCAUUUGCUUCAGCUUUUAUAUGUCGGAGAUGCUUGUCCUUUUCCCUUUCCUGUGUUUGUUCAUAUUUUGGAAAGCAAUAAAAACACAAUCUGAAAUAAAAGGAAAUAAAAAUAGAAUUCUAUGAUUCUACGUCCACAGUGAGCCAAGAGGGAUUUGUAAAGAAACCCCCACAAUUCUCUUUGCCAAGGAUCUCAAAAAAAUCCCUGUUUGACAAUGGCAUGAACUCUCCAUCCUUGGAGCUUUUUAAGCAAAGGUUGGACAGUAAUAAUAAUAUUAAUAAUAAUAAUAAUUGUAUUUUGUAUAGCCCACCCAUCUGGCUGGGUUUCCCAAGCCACUCUGGGCGGCCAUCGGCCAUGUUGAUUCCUGCAUUUCAGGGGGUUGGACUGGAUGACCCUCGGGGUCCCUUCCAACUCUGCCAUUUUAUGAUUCUGUGACCUAAGAAGUGGGAAAGGACCCAAUUCAAGGGUGUUUCCAAAGUCCGUGUCCUUUAAUGGAAGUCGGUAAUUUAGCAGCCAUGGCUCAACCUGAGAAUAUAACAGGUGGACUAAAGCCCAGAACGAGCCCAGGCUUGCAAAAGAGGUUAAAAAUAGUAAGAAAAUUGUUGUUUUUUCCCCCCUGGCUGUGUCUGAAGCAAGACGAAGACCAUGCAAGUAGUAUGUCCUCUGCAUGAAGAUGGAAAUUUUCUGUUGGGUGACAGAGAGGAGGAAGUGCUCAACAGUCCAAGAGCUGUCAAGAGUGUGUGCCUGGCGGUGUUUCGCAAGUGCUGAUGUUGAGCAGAGUGUGUCCUAACUAAAGCAAGAGCACAGAGAUCUGCACAUCCUGUCAGAGGGGCGAACGGCUGAACCCAGAGCUGCAGAAUUUCAGCUGACACGGAGAUAAGGCUGGAGAGACCUAAGGCAGAAUGUCAGAUUCUCUGGUUGUGUGUGACGUCGACCCAGAGCUGAAGGAGAAACUGAAGAAAUUCCGGUUCCGGAAGGAGACUAACAAUGCAGCCAUAAUGAUGAAGGUGGACAAAGACAGGCAACUGGUGGUGCUGGAGGAAGAAUUCCAGGACAUCUCUCCAGAGGAGCUGAGAAGCGAACUGCCAGAACGCCAGCCUCGAUUUGUAGUUUACAGCUAUAAAUACGUCCACGAUGAUGGCCGGGUCUCAUACCCUCUCUGCUUCAUCUUCUCCAGCCCAGUCGGGUGCAAGCCGGAGCAGCAGAUGAUGUACGCCGGGAGCAAAAACAGACUGGUGCAGGCAGCUGAGCUCACCAAGGUCUUUGAGAUUCGGUCCACAGACGACCUGACGGAGCAAUGGCUGAAAGAGCGCCUGGCCUUUUUCCGCUGAUUGGUAGGGUAAUCCUGGAGGGCUGGACCUUCAGUAAACUCCCCACUCAUAGCAGGCCCUGUAAUCUCACUCCCCCCCCCCCAUUUCACCCUAGAGAUACCACUGUAUAGUGGGUGUAUGUGGAAUAUAGGGAAAUGUAGCUGAACUACUGUCUCCAUGACCAGCGUCACUGGCUUUCCCCCGCAGAGGAAUUAAAAUGAAAUAAAGUGAUUGGACCUAAUUCUUCUUUUCAUUUUG